UUGAGUGUGACACACAAAACACGAAAAGUUUCUACUGCUGAGAAGACAAACUGCCUGCUGACUGUGUGAGGAGUCACCUGUGAAAAUGUCCGAGUUGAGCGAUGAGGCCAGUGAGUCGGAGCAGCUGGGUGCCAGCCUCUCCCUGUGGCUGGGUGACUCCCUGGUGAGACCCGAGGAGCUGGACGUCCCUCUGGACCUGCACACCGCCUGCUCCAUCGGCCAGUACGACGUGGUGGCUGAGUGCAUUAAAAAGCGUGAGGUGGAUCUGAAUGGGAAAAACAUUGGAGGAUGGACCCCGCUGAUGUAUGCAGCCUACAUUGGCCAUGACAACAUUGCAAAUCUGCUGCUGGAAGCAGGUGUGAAUGUGAACGCUACCACUGCUAAAGGACUGACGCCCCUGAUGCUGGCAGCGAGCUGUGGCAAUGAAAGCAUCGCAUACUUUCUGCUGCAGCAAGGGGCCGAGUUGGAGCUGAAGGAUUGUCGAGGCUGGACGGCUCUGUUCCACUGCACAAGCACAGGCCACCAGCAGAUGGUCAAGUUUCUGCUGGAUAACAAUGCUGACGCUAACGUCAAGGAGCCGGGGUCCGGUUUCACUCCUCUGAUGGAGGCUGCUGCUUCUGGACAUGAAAUCAUUGUUCAGUACUUGCUUGAUCAUAAAGUUAAAGUAGAUGAUCGCAACGCUAAAGGAGAGAGUGCCCGAGCCCUGGCCAUGAUGUACGGCUACACCAAGAUUGUCAGCCUCAUUGACUCACGCACUCCAAGAAUGAAACCAGGACACUUUGAAGACCUGAGCUCCUCCGAGGACUCGGACAGCGCGCCACCGAGGACGAGGCCGGGUCGAAACCGAGUUAAAGGUGUUAGCAUCCACGAUGGGCCUCAGGCCAUCGCCAAGUUCCGAGUAGGAGGAACCAGCAAACUGUGUGAGCCUCCUGCUGUGCUGCCAGGCUACAUGACGUUUCGUGAUAUUGGUGAACAGAACGACGGCAUCUGCUACCGAGACGUGACGUCACCGAUCAACGAGAUGGACGGCCAGAGCAACAGCAGCAGAGACGACAGCCCGUUCUUUGACAACGACAUGCCCACUAUGAGGAGCAGCAGCAGCAGCAGUGAAGGCCUCUCUCAUGUGAUCGGCCUCAACUGGGAAGGCUCUGUGGAGAGUAACGAGGACUCUGACCAGUGUAAAAAGAGCAGCUUUCGCAGAGCAAAUAAGGGGCAUCACUCCAAAGGCAAGACUCGCCAUGGAAGCAACGAUGCAGCUCACUCCAGUGGGACAGGAAACUGUGGAUUACCCACACAUGUCGGUUUGCCACCUUCCUACACUGGUCCAAAGGAUCUGGCAGAGUUCUUGGAGCAAAUUGGCUUCUCCAAGUAUCUCCCUUUACUUGAAGAGCAAGACAUCGACCUGCGGAUAUUUCUCACCCUGACAGAGAACGAUCUCAAAGAAAUAGGGAUCACAUUGUUUGGACCAAAGCGCAAGAUGACUUCGGCCAUUGCAAGGUGGCACAGCAGCGCUCGGCCUCCCAGCGACGCUCUGGAGCAGGCUUAUGCUGACCAGCUUGAGGCCGAGAUGCAGGAGAUGGCCAUUCAGCUACACAAGCGCUGUGAGGAAGUAGAGAGCCUGCAGAGUCAGGUGUCUCAGGAGAAGGAGCUGCGUACGGUGAUGGAGGGAUGUCUGAUGGAGGACAAAAUGGCUUGGAAGAGGGUCCACGCUGAGCUGGUGGAGAACCACCGGCUGGCUCAGGACUUGAGCAGCACACUGGCCAAGGCGAGGGCCUCCCGCACUGAACUGCUGUCCUGUUUCACUGCAGAUGGGAACAGCAUGGAGGAUAAAACUAAAAGUGACACUGGUGCUAAAGCUGGGGAGGAGCUGAUGAAGAAGCUGGAUUCCUUUGAAGAAGAACUAGCAGGGACCUUGCAAAUCAUGCUUCAGAGUCUGAGGCGACUGAGUGCUCCUGAAAAAGUCUCAGAUAGCUGGGAGCGGCCUUAAGCUUUUCAGGGGCUUCUGCCAACCUUUGACGGAGGGUGAUCUAACCACCCUGAACAAUCUCAGUGAAAUGGGAAAAGGCCAAAGACAAGGCCGGCCCUGCCGGACCAGAGCAGCUGGAGGAGCGAAGCAGACCCGCUGCUCGUCUGAUGAACGAAGGCCGAGGGCAACGCAGCUGCUGCAGGAAAAUGACAAGCAGGCAGAAAGGGUAUCUGACCCUCACACGCUUGUGCUGGUGUUUACUGGACUCCUGUAGUUGGAUGCAGAUGCACAGAGAGGAGGAGGGACUGAUUGUGGAUCAGUAAUACUGUGAUUUUACAAAACUGUAUUCUCUUCCUGUAUGAAAUGUGGGUUAAAUUAUGUUGAUGCCACCACAUGGAGAAGUACAUUUUUGAAAAGUAGUCUAGUAGACAAACUUAAAAUAAGUUCUGCAGAGCUACACUUUAUUUGAAUGAAAUCUUCUGGUUUGUAUGCUGUUGUUAGGGGUUUGAAAUGAUGUCCUGCUGAAUGCAUGUUUAAGAAGCCACACAAGAAAAAUGUAUGAAAUCUAUAACACAUUAUGCUUCAAGCACGGCAGCCUUUUUUCUCCGAUAUAUUGGACUCUAACAUAUGUUGACACAAAGUUAUGAAGACAGUAAGAUGUCAGAAUGGCCACAUUUAUAGAGCUAAAUAAGUUUAGUAUUUGCUCAGACAACAAACACCUGACGGUCUGGUUUCUGAUUUCUUUCAAGUGGUUACUAAUCACUGUAGAGUCCAUGAAAUCUCUGAAAUCUUUAAAAUUCCAUGUUUUUUCUUGUGAUUUUAAAUUAACAGGUGCAUUAAAUAUGCAACAGAUGA